AUGUCCACACUUUCCGUCGACAUCAUCAUGGCUAAACGGCCUGCUUAUCGCAGAGUUACAAUGCCCAUAAGUUGCCAAGUAAUGCAAUCCUCUGUGCCAACCUCGUGUACAACCGUUGUGGCGUCUCUCCUCCUCUCAGCUGUACCAGCUUCUUGCGCUGUAUCCCUAUCCCUAUUAGUAUCCUCCGACCCCGCUUCAUAUGGCCCAUUCAACUAUUCACACCGUUCUGUGUCCUCGUUUGCUCCAAUCUCGCCUGAGAGUGAGCAUUUAAUGCAGCAUAAUCUCCUUCCCCACCGGUUUCAGGUGCCGUUCGCAGGGCUUCCGGGACCCAAUCAGCUCUUCCGUUUCGACACACCCUCCAUCCGACUUGUUGACUGUUCCCUGCUGCACAUAAAAAUCACUAUCUUAUGUUACUGA